AACAAACGUCACCUUUCAGUUAACAAUGCAGCUGAAAUACAUUCAGACCGUUAUUGAAGCACAGCAAAGCGAGUCGAGGGUAGUUGCGCUCGCGUGGUCGCCCAACGGUAUAAAAUUGGCGGUCGCCACAACUGACCGCCAAAUUUUCUUGUACGAUGAAUCCGGAAAGAAGAGGGACAAAUUCACAACAAAACCAGCAGAGUCUGAGGCGGGAAAGAGAUCGUACCUUAUCAAAGAUAUUUGCUUUAGUCCCGAUUCUUGUAAGCUUGCGGUUGCACAAAGUGAUUGUAUUGUUUACGUGUACAAGAUUGGGGAAAAAUGGGGGGAAAAGAAGGCAAUCACGAACAAGUUUCUGCAAGACUGCCCCGUCAUUUGCGCGACGUGGUUGGUCGCUGGUGUCUUGGUGUGCGGGUUGGCGGAUGGGAAGGUGCGCGCCCUCAAUGUCAAGUCCAACAAAUCUCAAACUUUAUACUCAUCCGACAGUUUGGUGGUCUCACUAGCGCCAAAUUUGCGUGGCACCGGAUUUUUAUCGGGCCACGUUGACGGUAACAUAAUUCGGUACUUCGUAAGUAGCGAGCAUGGCGAGCGAGAGACGAGCGGUCGAGUCCUCACACACUCCGUACCGCCAUUCGCUUUGGUUUGGACGCUUGGUCAAAUUAUUGCUGGAGGUUGCGAUAAACGGAUUGUUGUGUAUAAUAAUCAGGCGAAAAUGCUGAAGCAGUUCGAUUACUCGAAGGAUGUCUCUGAGCAUGAGUUUACGACAGCUACAUGCAGUCCUAGUGGUCAGGCGGUUGUCGUGGGCAGCUUCGAUAAAAUUCGAGUGUUCUCCUGGAAUUCCCGUAAAUCCAUCUGGGACGAAUCCACUUCGAAAGCGAUCGAAAAUAUGUACUCCGUAACCGCGCUCGCUUGGAAACGGGACGGUUCUCGGGUUGCGUGCGGAACACUCUGCGGGGCCCUUUACCUAUUCGAAACCGUGCUCAAAAGGAGCGUGUGGAAGGAUAAGUUUGAGGUAACCUACGUCGGCCCCAAUCAGGUCCUAAUUAAGCCUCUAAACGCGGAAGGGGGAGGAGUGAUCUUGCAGUCGAGUUCGGGGCGCGAAAUCGAAGACGUGAGAAUCAUGGGGAAGGAUGGGUACGCAGUCGCGCGUACCGAUGAAACUUUGCUGGUGGCCGAUUUGGACAAUAAUAAGGUUAGCGAGGUGGCGUGGAGCGAUACGGGACAACAUGAGAAGUACUACUUCGAAAAUCCCAACGUUUGCUUGGUGUUCAACGCCGGGGAGUUGUCUUUGAUAGAGUACGGCAGUCAUGAGGUCUUGUGCUCGGUGCGAACUGAAUUUGUCAACCCUCACGUUAUCAGCGUGCGCCUGAACGAACGCCAACAGUCCACUCAGAAUAAGAAGAUGGCGUAUCUAUUGGAUUUGAAAACGAUUUGCGUUUUAAAUUUGCAAAACGGCGCGCCAGUUACACAAAUCAGUCAUGACUCCAAGAUUGACUGGCUAGAACUGAGCGAGACGGGCCACCGAUUAUUGUUUAGGGAUAAGAAGCAGAGGUUACUGUUGGUAGACGUGAAUAAGUCCGAGAAAAGAUGUAUAUACAGCGGAGUUAGUUUCGUGCAGUGGGUCGAGGAUAGCGAUGUUGUCGUGGCCCAAGCAGGUGGCUGUUUGGCUGUCUGGUACAACAUCGAUGUGCCCGAUCAUCCUACCAUUCUCAACGUACAAGGCGAUGUUGUUGAUAUCGUACGCGCCAAUGGCAAAACGGAGGCCAUUGUUGUAGACGGUCAAAAUAAUCACACCGUAGAAUUGGAUGAAAGUCUCGUGGAGUUUGGUACAGCAAUUCACGACACUGACUAUGGUCGAGCUGUCCUCUUCUUGGAGACCAUCGAAAAUACUGGGGAAGCUGAGGCUAUGUGGCAUAACCUUUCUAAGAUAGCACUUAAACAGCAAAACUUAGUUUUGGCCGAACGUUGCUAUGCAGCUUUAGGGGAUGCUGCAUCUGCCUUCUACUUACAAAAAACUACGCAAAUCGGUGAGGAAUUUACAAAGAAGCAAAACGAUUCGAUUAGUAACUGUUCGGAGGUGUGGGUGCGACUAUCCAUUCUGAAUGGAGAUCUGGACACCGCUGAAAAUAUUUAUUUAGAACAAGGCAAUAUCGAGGGUGCGUUGGAGAUGUACAAAUCCUUAUACAAAUGGGACGAGGCUGUCAGAUUGGCAGAACAACGGGGAUAUAGUAAACUGGCCCAAUUGAAAGAAGAUUACAUGUCUCUCCUACUACGCACCGGGCAAAACGAGAAGGCUGGCCAAGUGUUCGAGAAACAAGGCAACUAUGAGAAGGCGAUGACUCUCUAUCUCAAAUCGAACUGCUUCGUGCGCGCCUCUUCUCUCCUGAUCCAGCACAAAGAAUUACUAAAUGACAGCGGUCUGGUAGCCAACGUGCUCAAGAUCCUUCUCAAGCACGAACUCUACGAGAGCUGCGCCGAAAUUUACGAGAAACUCCAAAAAUCGUCCCUGGCAAUGGAGUGCUACCAAAAAGGAAAGGUGUGGAGCAAGGCGAUCGCUUUGGCUCGCAGCGUGGAGCCCGAGAAGGUUGUACAACUGGAAGAGGAGUGGGGCGACCAUCUGUACGAAAACAAGCAAAUGGACGCCGCCAUCAACCAUUACAUCGAGGCGGGUCGCACGCGUAAAGCUCUAGACGCCGCUAUCGGCGCGCGCCAGUGGAAGAAGGCCGUGCACAUCGUGCAAGUCCUGGACGAGUCCGAGUCAACGGAGAAGUACUACCAGACGAUCGGCAAUCAUUUCGCAAGCGCCCGGGACUACUCCACCGCCGAAAAGAUGUACGUAAACGCCGGUUUGUACAAGGAGGCCGCCGAGAUGUACAACGAGGCGGGGCAGUGGGAGAAGGCCUACAGUUUAGCGUCGCGGUUUUUGGAUCGGAGCGAGGUGUCGGAGAUGUAUCUGAAGCAGGCCGAGCAGCUUGAAAAUGCCGGGAAGUAUCGCGACGCCGAGAAGCUUUACUUAUCGGUUGACGCGCCCGAUUUGGCCAUCGCCAUGUAUAAGCGGGCGGAUCAGUACGACAACAUGGUCCGGCUCGUGGAGAAAUUCCACCCCGACCUGCUCCAAACCACCCAUUUGCAUUUGGGGCAGCAGUUGGAGACGCAAGGAAAGCACCGGGCAGCCGAGGUGCACUAUUUGGCGGCGGGUGAUUGGAAAUCGGCAAUGAACAUGUAUAGGGGCUUGUCAAUGUGGGAGGAGGCAUAUCGCGUUGCCAAGCAGAGUGGAGGCGCUGCGGCGGCGAACCAAGUCGCAUUCCUCUGGGCGCGCACACUUUCCAUCGAGUCCGCCAUUAAGUUGUUGAACAAGUUUGGCUUAUUGGAAAGCUGCGUGGAUUACGCGUGCGAAACCUACCAGUUCGAUUUUGCGUUUCAAUUGUGUAAAAGUUUAACGUCUAAGACGAUUGAUGUUCACUACAAGUACGCCAUAGCGCUUGAAGACGACGGAAAAUUUCCCGAAGCCGAAGCCGAGUUUGUUCUUGCUGGUAAACCCAAAGAAGCCAUUCUAAUGUACACGCAUGCGCAGAAUUGGAUAAACGCGCUCAGAGUUGCGGAAAUUCACGAUCCAAGUUCCGUUGUCGAGGUGCUCCAGGCCCAAGCAGCGCAGUGCUUCGAAGACAAGCAAUUUGCGGAGUUCGAAUCUUUGCUCCUCAAAGCGCAAGUGCCAGAGGUGAUCGUGCAGAAAUACAAAAAUGAAGAGAUGUGGACCGACGCCAUGCGUAUCUGCAAGGAUCACGUUCCCUCGCUUCUAUCUUCGCUUCAAGCGGAGUACAUGAACUCCAGCUACGGAAAGUCAUCGGAUGUUUCGCUGGAGUCGCUUCUAACGCAAGCAAACGACUGGGCGGUUGCUGGUCAGCAUCGGCAAGCGAUCGACUGCCUUUUACAGGUGAACGCGAGCAACGCAGACCCUCCGAUCAUCAAACGAGCACUUCUUCGCGCCGCUGAUAUGCUAAAUAAAUUUCUGUACGACCAAGAGGCGUUGGUAAUGGCCAAGCUGAUCGGGCCUCGCCUAAUCGAAAUUGGAGAGUACGACGCAGCAGCUCAACUAUACAUGCACCUCGACCUGAUGAAGGAGGCUCUCGACUGCUUCGUGCAGGCCGAGGAUUGGGCGAAGGCGAAGAAGCUGGCCAAACAGUUAGAUCCGGCUUACGAGAAUUACGUCGAAAGUAAGUACAAAGACAGACUGCUGAAGGAAGGCAACGUGGAGCAGUUGGCAGACAUCGAUAUUAUCGGCGCGUUGGAUUUACUGGCGGAGCAGGGACAGUGGAUGCGAUGCAUCGAAAAGGCGAAGAAUCACAGCGAGCCCGUCCUUCACAAGUACGUCGCCUUGUACGCCUCGUAUCUGCUCAAGAACGGUCUCACCAGCGACGCACUCGCACUUUACCACAGCCACGGUACGCCGGCUAUUGUGCAAAACUUUAAUAUUUACACGAAAAUUGCCGUUGAUGUAUUCUCCCAGCCGGGCAUGUCCGAUUUUGGUAGUUUUGAGAUUUGGGUCAAUUUACGACAGAUGCUCUUCGAUCUGAACAACAACUUGCAAAAAACAAGCGAUAUACCUGCCGAAAGUCGGGCACAUUUCCAAAAUUUGCUACUGAUAGCCCAUUUCUACGCGACAAGGACCGCCUGUCGCCAAGUUUCCACGCUGAAGCAGCUCGCUUUGAAGAUCUCGAUCGCGCUGUUGAGAUACACCGACUUUAUUCCGGCCGAUAAGGCGUAUUAUGAAGCUGGAGUGGACAUGCGAGACGACGGUCGAUUGUCCGAGGCAUUUGUGUUCUUAAAUCACUACCUGGACAUUUGCGAGGCAAUUGAGGAAGGUGACAGCCAACUGGUCGACCACUCUGACCUGAUGCAGACAGAUUUUCCAUCCAACGUCCCCUUGCCCAGCGAUCUAUACUUGAGGGAUGAGUUGCAGGUUCAUGAGAAUAUCCGCGAGUGGGUUUUGACAGUCAGCAUGGAUCAAAAUGUGGAGCAGAACCUGCCUUUGGACGAUAGAGAGCUGUACGAGUCCAGCCUUCAAAUUAGUGAGUUACCUUGCAUUGUAUCUGGUUAUCCGAUUGGUGAGCAAGCGCUGACCUUUCAAAGCUCGGCGUUUAGAGUCAACAAAGACGUUUGGUCUAAGUUGAAUAUGGCGGCAAAAAUAUCACCAGAAUCUAAUGUUUCUAAUAUUAUAGCAUUUAUAGUGCAGUGGUGUGGUGCUGUUAAUAAAUAAGGUGGUUUACUUGGCAAUUGUAGGUAUAAUAAAG